UGUGUGCGUGCGCGCGCGCGCAUCUAUAAUGCUGCUGCUCCCAGAGACCACCUCAAUGCAUCCGAGUAAAACGCGACAGCACAUCUGAUAAAAAACAACAACAAACAAACAAACAACACGUUAUGGGCCAAGAUGGUGGAUUUAAAAGAUUUAGCGUGUGCUAAGAAGUCGUCUAAUUCCUGUCGGAGGAGGACAGAUGUUCUCUGGCUGUGAAAGAGCUUGCCUUUCGGAUGACAAUUGUGACUUCAGGCACAGGUGUUUGCCAGAGCCGACCACAUUUCCGUUUCCACCAAACAAGGCGUCAGUAACUGUGACAGCCGUGACAGCUCAGGCUGUCUGAGGACCAGACCAUGGGCUCUAGAGGAGUGGAGAGGCGCAAACCGGCCACCCCGGCCCAGACCCCAGAGGGCAACGUGGUGAUGAGCUUCAGCUUCGAGAGCUAUCAGCUAGAGGAAGAGGACUGCCAAGGCAAAGACAUUCCUGACAAAGGGGUGCUGGCUCUCUCUGAGCCUGUGUUAGAGGAACCGAUUCCGGAUGAUCGCUAUCAUGGAAUUUAUUUUGCUAUGCUGCUGGCUGGAGUUGGCUUCCUGUUACCUUACAAUAGCUUCAUCACAGACGUGGACUACCUCCAUCAUAAAUUCAAAGGGACAUCCAUUGUGUUCGACAUGAGCCUGACAUAUAUUCUCGUGGCUCUCGUUGCGGUGGUACUGAACAAUGUCCUGGUGGAGAUGCUCAGCCUGCACACCAGGAUUACUGUGGGUUACCUCUUUGCGCUCGGGCCGCUGCUUUUUGUCAGCAUAUUUGAUGUGUGGCUGGAGAAGUUUACCACCAACCAGGCGUACGCCCUCAACCUAAUAUCUGUGGGUGUUGUGGCAUUUGGAUGCACAGUGCAGCAGUCCAGUUUCUAUGGUUACAUGGGAAUGCUUCCAAAACGCUACACACAAGGAGUAAUGACUGGAGAAAGUACUGCAGGCGUGAUCAUUUCACUCAGUCGGAUCUUCACCAAGCUGCUGAUUAAAGACGAGAGGAAAAACACCAUCAUCUUCUUCCUCAUCUCCAUCAGCAUGGAGCUGAUGUGUUUCAUUUUGCAUCUGCUGGUGCGCAGGACACGAUUCGUGCGCUACUACACCAGCCUGGCACGUCAAGGCUUGAGCCACCCCAAAGACCGAACACACCACGGCAACCAGUACCACGUCCACCAUGACGUCAUAACAGAGGACGUGAGAUUCGACAAUGGUGCAGUGGGUGUUUCUCCUGCUGAAGAUGGCAGUGCAGAACCAGACUACAGUGGCAGCAGCACAUAUGUGAGAUUUGAUGUGCCUAAGAUGAAGAUAAAAAGGAGCUGGCCAGGCAUCAAGGAUAUGAUCCUGCAUCGGUAUGUGGUUGCUCGUGUGAUUUGGCCCUACAUGUUGUCUAUUGCUGUCACCUACUUCAUCACACUGUGCCUGUUUCCCGGCCUGGAGUCUGAGAUCCGCAACGCCACACUGGGAGAAUGGCUCCCCAUCCUCAUCAUGGCCAUCUUCAACAUGUCCGACUUUGUUGGCAAAAUCUUGGCCGCUUUGCCUUAUGAGUGGAACGGGGUGCGCCUGCUGUUUUUCUCCUGCAUAAGGGUGGUCUUUAUCCCUCUCUUCAUCAUGUGUGUGUAUCCUGUGCCAAAGCCUACACUCUGUCACCCGGCAUGGCCUUGUGUCUUCUCCCUCCUUAUGGGAAUCACCAAUGGUUACUUCGGUAGCGUACCCAUGAUUCAGGCUGCUGGAAAAGUGCCACCUGAGCAGAGGGAGCUAGCAGGAAACACCAUGACUGUAUCCUACAUGGCUGGACUGAUGCUGGGAUCAGUAGUUGCCUAUGCUGCCUACCGUUUCACUGUCCCAGGCUCGGGCUUCCACUCCGAAACCGGUUUGAACUUCACCCAGGGGUACUAAGAAGCCCUGCAGCACAUUUUCACCAAUCUGAUUAAAUUCUCUUACCAAAUUCCACAAGUAGCAAAUCAAAAACUCUGUUUACUUUGUCCCAGCUGUACUGCGGUGCACUUCUGAAUGUAGUAACGUAGGUAAAAUUCCUGCCAACACUAAAGACCUGUAUCUAUGCUUGAUUGUGUUGUUUAUUUAUGUUAUAUAAAGGUAUAAGUCUAGCUUCAGAAGGAGGGAGUUGUGUGGCUCAUGUCCUGUGGUGAAUUCUGCCUUGAUGUUCUCCUCUUGCCUUCUCUUGGUGAUUUGUUGGAUAAAGGUGAAAACCCCAAAUCUUUAAACAAAUCUUAAAAAUCUGUAUCGUCUUUAAUUGUGUAAUGAAUGUCGGACCUCUUUUGCUAAAGCAACUGAAUGUGAACCUCGACGAAUAAAAGCUUUUUUGUACAUUUUA